UUUCUGCGCCACGUUUACCUGACUAAAUUCCUAUAAAUAUGUUUUUGCAACGUGUAUACCAGUCAAUAUAUUGUUCAUAGUUAUAGAUGAUAGUGAUAGUUAUAUUUUGCAGCUUUAUCUCAAUAGGAUGCUGCCUGUUAGCAAAUUGAAUGGCUAAUGUGGAAACUUUUGUUGAAUCCUAAGUUUCUUUCUAACCAGCAGGGCGAUGGGAGAAGCUUAUUUCAAGUUGUUGUGCAUUAUAUAUAGCUAAUGAUCUGCUAACGUUAAUAAAUUCAUGUAGGUUCUUAGAAUAUCUAUAUAAGACUUAAGUCUAUAAGUCUACUAUAAGACUUGUUUUACUUUCAAAAGCCUGAAAAAUGUAUGGAGCUCCGGUGGAUUUUUCAUUCAAAAGCCUUAGUUCAGUGGCAGAUGCACUGAACGAGGAGCCCAAUCACGGACUGCGGCCAGUGAGAAAGAACUCGGAGAAUAAGUUCUGCAGCCGUUCGCUACGUCUCAACAACAACUUCCUCACCGAGCUGAGUGGCCUUUGUGAAACUGUCAAACACUACUUCUCUGAACCAGCUUUGCUGUCCUGGCUGGACCUCUCCUUCAACGACAUAUCACACAUAAACGCAGUCCUUUGUGAGCUUCCAGAGCUGCGGGUGUUGUAUCUCCAUGGUAACAGCAUCUGUAACCUUUCAGAGGUGGACAAACUAGGAGCCCUGCCCUUCCUGCACACACUCACCAUGCAUGGGAACUCUGUAGAAAACGAGAAAGGCUACAGGAGGUAUGUGAUUGCAGUUCUGCCUCAAUUGAAAAAGUUUGACUUCAGUGCUAUAACAUGCCAGGAGAGAACACUGGCUCAAGUCUGGCAGCGCCCUGGCAACCGUGGCAAAAGCGGUAGGAAGGGAACCUGACCUGUAUCCAUGGAAAGGCAGCGAGAGAACUUGAGCAAGAAGUUCCUUGAUCCCAAACUCAAGCUGGGAAGCUUUUAAAUAAAGUAUCAUGUACAUUUUGUUUGAUGAAUUUUAUUUUCGCCUUUGUUGUGGUGAAGCUAGUAGAUGUGUGCAGUUUUUGUUUCAUUACAGAACUGCAGAUAACCAGAACUACUACUUUCACUUCAGUUUCUCUCUCUCAUCUCAAAUUCAGGAUCACACAAACCAAAAUGUAUUGUUGAAAGUCUUUAAUGCAUUAAUCAAUAAAUUGGGAAAAUGGAUUAACACAUGUUGAAACUUUUUGGUACUAGCCUAAAAAUGUACAAAGUAAUCCAGGUAGUAGUAAAUGUUUGAAGUAACAGAACAAAACAAAAAACUAUGAGCACACAGCAAAAAGCCCAAAUUAAUAUAAAAAAAAAAAAAUCACAGCCUAGCAGAUCAUCCCUUUAAAGACCUCAAAGAGGCAAGUCUCUCACCACACACACUUGUACCCUCCCCACAAAGAGGAUAAAUACACUUAAAACAGAAAUAAAUAAUCACAAGAGCUCCUUUACCCUGCAGAGGGAUAAUCAUAUUAAUGUUGAUCUCUCAAACUGCUGUUAUGGCCAUUAGUUACUGCUUUCACACCAACAAAUAAAAGAUUACUUAUUACAAUCUGUUGAUUUUUUAAAUUAAAAGUCUUCCACCUUUGUGUUUGAGGUGUUUUAGUGACUGGAAAAACUGCUUGGCUACUUGCACAACCCCAGUGAUGCCUCAGCCCAUUCUGACCAACCAACUCUCAACUAAGGGGAGCUUCAUACAAUCUAUUUCCUGCUUCUGAGGGAAUCACACAAUUAUGUACAAAGGCAUUGACAUACAUUUACAAGCCCCUCAUCCGUAUCCUGCCCCCUUCCUUAAUGAAUCUGUUAAAGAUACAAAUUGAAGAACCGCCAGCUAGUACAUUUAUUUGAGCUAUGGAA